CAUUUGACAUUCCAAUUAUUGACAAAAAUCAUUUUCGAUUUUGUCUUACUUUUGGUAAUAAAUUGCAGCUAUUUUUCUUAUUUUUAAUGUUUAUAAAAUAACAAAUUUUCUUAUUAUGUAACUGAAAAAACUCCCUAUUCAAACAAUAUACCGUAUUGAAGGUUUUUUGAAAGGAAAAGCCAAUUUUUUAUCUAAUAAGUUUGUGAGUGAGAAUAGUUGUGAAACAUGUCGGAUCGACAUUUAACCCUUGGCCAAAGGGUUAUAGUUGUGGGCAAAGAUGUGAAAGGUUCGAUCGCCUAUGUCGGCUACCCUACCUUCGCUACGGGCAAAUGGAUUGGCAUAAUUUUGGAUGAACCUAAAGGCAAGAACAAUGGGACCGUACGCGGUCAUGCCUACUUUCGGUGUGAAGAAAACUAUGGUGUGUUCGUGCGUCAGACUCAAAUCCAGCUGCUGGAUGCAGAGGACAAUCCCAUGGAGACCUCCAUGACUACAUCCAGUGAGGAGGCCAAGCCUUCCAACCGCAGGCUUAGCAGUAUAACAGUGGCCCAGAGGUCUAGACCGACUACGGUGCGGCGGAAGGCGUCGCCUGCGCAGACCAAGACCGGAAGUCUCUCGAUGUCGAGUUCCAGAACAUCGCUGGCCAGCAGUCGCCAGUCCCUCACCUCGUAUGUCUCGCCUACCACUGAGAGGGCCGUUUCACCUGACCUCACGGGCAAGAGGGCUUCCUUCGUUGAGACUGGCUUCGUGGAGACCCUGACUCCGCAGUACACACCGGGUCAGAGCAUCACCUCUCCUCAACCAGUUUCCAACGCUGAGGAGAAGCUGGCCAACCUGCAACUGCAGCAAGAGAAUGUUGCCCUAAAAACCGAGGUGGAAGAUUUGAAAGAGAAGUUGGAGACGCUCAAAGUGCGUCGCGCAGAAGAUAGAGAGAAGUUACGGGAGUUGGAGAGAGUGAGACUUCAGUUGGAGCAGGCCAAUGAGUUCAAAGCCAAGAUCAUGGAGUCGCAAGCGCAGCUGCAGAGGGACUUGCAGCGCGCUAAACAAGAGGUCCGCGAGGCGCAAGAAGCAUUGGAACAGCACAACGACGAAACAGCGGAACUUCAAGAGGCGGCGGAAAUGGCGGCGUUAGACAAGGAGAUGGCGGAGGAAAGGGCGGAGGCCUUACAGCUUGAACUGGAGCAGUGCAGAGACAAGCUGGAGGAAGCUACUCUUGACUUGCAGCUGAUGCGCGCUGAGAUGGAAGCUGGAGGGAAUAUUCAGCACCCGUACGCAGCCGGCGAUGGCGGCGCCACCGGCUACGAAGUCCGCCAGCUGCAGCAGCAGAACGUGCGCCUGCGCGACACGCUCGUGCGUCUGCGCGACCUGUCUGCGCACGACAAGCACGCCAUGCAGAAGAUGCAGAAGGAUCUGGAACAGUACAGGUCAGAAAUUGCCGAGUUGAGCCGCACCAAGGAGAAGCUCUCCGCCCGAGUUGAGGAGUUAGAAGCGCAAGUCGCUGAUCUCCGGGAACAGGUUGACGCCGCUCUUGGCGCUGAAGAAAUGGUGGAACAACUUGCCGAAAAGAAGAUGGGACUUGAAGAUCAGGUGGAACAGUUGAAGCAGGACGUUCAAGAGCUAGAGGCGUUACAAGAGGUCCACGAACAGCUAGUGGAGUCCAAUCGCGAACUGGAGAUGGACCUUCGCGAGGAGUUGGAGAUGGCACACGCGGCCACCAGAGAGGCGGUACGAGAGCGCGAGGCUGCGCAAGAGACGAUAAUGGACAGAGACUGCACCAUAGUCAAGUUCCGAGAGCUGGUGCAGAAGAUGACUGAGCAGUACAACGAAAUGAGGGUGCAGCUAGAAUCCAAACAAGGUUCACCAGCACCCACCGAAGAAGUGAACCCAGAAACUGGUGCUCGAUCCUCACCUCCUGCUGAACUUGGCUCCCUGGUGCAGCAGUCCAGGGCUUCCACUCGCUCCAUCGACCUUCAACUUCGGGCCUUGGAGCUGGCGCAGGCUCGAGCGAGGGCAGACAUGCUGGCUGCCUGCUUGCCUGACCACUUCAUGGCUCCCAACGGUGAUCAUGACGCAAUCAUGUUUAUUCUGCUUCUGCAACGUUUGAACACUAAGGCUGAAAUCAUAUUGGGACAAAUUCGAGAAAAGUUCCCUGCCGUGAACGUGUGGGACAAGGAGUCCAUCAUGAAGACUCACACCGCAGUGCAGUACAGCUUCCGCUGCCAACUGGAGUACCAACUGCAGAUGAUACAGUGCAUGGUGUGUAUGUGGAGUGGAGCCCUCGAGACCUGUACCCCGGAGCUGUUGCUGCGUGCAGCAUCAGCGCUGCCCGAUGCGGCACAGCAGGAGCGUGCCUUGGACGCGGCGGCGCAACUCCUGAAGACCAACGAGCUGGAUGAGAACUGCUCUCUUGACGGCAUGGAGCGUUGCUGGUCGUACCUGUCCGCCAUGUGGUCCGCGCUGAGUAUGGGCGCGGUGGAGGGCGCGGGGUGCGCGCGGGAAGUGCUGCUGCACGCAUGCGCGGCCAUCGACGCCUUGUCGCGCGCGCUCUCGGCGGACGCGUCCGCUCUCUCGCACGCUACACAGCAAUCGGAUCAACCUCACGAAUUGAACCAACUUCACGAAGCCAUUCAGACAAGUUGCUCGUCGCUGCAACAGCAGCUGAAGGGCGUCCGAAGACGACUACCCCCCGGCGUGCAACUACACGCGUUACCCAUCGAUAUGCAGUUGGUGGAACGUCUCCGCGGAGACAGUGCCAUAGCAUUAUGGCGCGCCGCCCGCGCCACGUCUCUGGCGGCUCGUGCGGCCUGCGCGUGCGCCGCCACGGCUGGCGAGAGGGGCGAGGGCGCGCCCCUCCCGCUGCAGGCCCUCGCCGCUAUAUGGAGUGCUGCCAUCGACAAGACUUACCAACAGGAUGACCACGGCGCGGUAAAGACAAUCAAACACGCGCUAUCCACGGUCGCCUCCGAUGUCAACAAACUGGCUGUCUUCACGCAAGACAAAGAGUAUGACGUCAUGUCCUUAACCAACGUCGCUAGCGAAAAGCCCAUACCACCAAUAGUGGUGCGCGCUCAGCUGGUGAAAAAGCAGCUGGAAGAAACGAAGACCCUCACUAUACGGCUAGAGAACAAGGAAGCAGAUAUCAAGGAACUGAGGAAACUACUCAAGGCUAAACAAGAGGAAUUAUCAGAGAUGCAAAUUCGACGGGAACUGGGUGAGAAAAAGUUGUCUGCUACGGUGCGGGACUCGGAACUACGGUCGCAGACACUACAGAGGCGGCUGGACGACGCGCUCAACCAACUGAAGAGAAAAGAGAAAGAGUUCGAGGAGACAAUGGACCAUCUCCAACAAGAUAUAGACUCGUUGGAGAGUGAGCGAGGCGCACUCAGAGAUAAGCUGAAACUGUACGCCAAGAGAGGCACUCACCAUGCGAUGACGUCACCGGCCGCAGCGCGCGACGCGUACAUACCGGUGGUGACAGCGACGCCGCCGCCUGCGCCGCAAGAGACGCCGGCGAAGGUGACGCCAGGCAUCAUGGCUGGGGAGGUGAACGAGGCUCUGCAGCAUCAGCUCAAAGUGCUUAGCUGGACCGUGGAAAGGGAGCGCGUGGCGCGAGUGGCGGCGUGCGCUAAAGCGGAGCGUGCAGCGCUUCGAGCGCUGCGGCCGCUGCACCAUCCAGCCGCCCCCGCCGCCAAGCAUCGCCGCCAAGCCGCUGCAGCGCUGGAAGUGCAGCUAGCCAAGCUGCAGACUGAGUGGACGCUGUUCGUGGCCCGCUCGGGUCUGGUGAAGUUCCCAGAAGACCCCGCCAAGUACGGCAAAGCGUUGGAGCUACAUAAGCAAAAGCAGCGAGAAACGCGGCACAAGUUAGAGGAGCGGUUGUCAGCGCUGCAGGCGGAGGUGCGGAGCCUGGUGUCCAUCCACAGACCCUGGCGGUGCAUUGAGGCGGACUUCACCGAGUUCCCGGCGCCCGAGCUCACUGCUGCUUUGACUGACCGGUCUGUGGACAUCGGCACCAUCAAGUUUCCAGCGCCCGAGUCAAUGAGCAAUGAUACGAUCUACGUCACACCCUCGCAGCUAGCGCGGUUACGUGAAAUCGUAUCGGAUCUUAAAUCGGACGAGGUUCAAUUAGAUCUGACGUUCGACGGGACCGUCUGCGCUGCUUGAAGAGAAGAUUGUAUAGAACAAAAAGAGAUAGAACUAAAUAAAUUAAUGAAUAAUUUGUUUACUA